CUGUCUAUCCUUUCUCUCGCUCUGAAUUUUUCUGCUAGUCUUCCGAGUAAAAAUUGGAUGCUCCACAGUUAAAUUCAUAUUCAUAAACCAUGUAGAGAGGUCGGCAAUCGGAGCAUAGAGAAGCAGGGGAUUACCACGGCGAGGAAUUUGGCACAGGGAGCAGUGCCAUUGCAGGAAACCCGUCUUCGGUUUCAUUUUUCUUUCUGAUAUCGUACAUAGGCUACCCCUUGAUCCCUCUCGUAGCGUCAAUGUUAACGCACAUAGGCUCCUCACUUCUCAUUAUUUCUAGGUGAAAUUUCUCUCGUUCUCUCGUUCGUAGAAGGGACCGUACCCAUUGUCCGCCUCUGUGGGGGUAGCAUCGCUAAUUUCGGCGGGGAACAGACGAAGUCUAGGGAGGAACACAACGGAGAGAAUCCAAGAAAUCAGCAGGCGAGAGCCAAGAGAAGACCUCCGCUUGCCAAGCUCUCUCUCUCUCUUCAUAUCUACGCAUUGUUUGAUGAUUAGAAAAAUCGGGCCGAGGUCUUUGAAGCUAAAAGCUGCAAGCAGCCGCCUUUUCCUCUUCUCUUCUCGGCCCCCGCUUGUAUUGCCGAGGCAAUUUAAAAAUGCUGUGCUGGAUUUGAUUGUUGAAUCCCUUCUUUUCGGGUUUUUAGCAUCCUCUGAGUGAAUGCUUGGUCUUUGACUCGAUUCAAGUUCAGUAUACGUCAACACCUAAAUGGACUCCGAUCUGCUGGUGUCCCCCCUUCAGCUUAUUUCAUUGUGAUUUCAAGAAUCUCUAACAAGGAACAUUGACUAAAAAUCAGUUGUAUUAAGUCCUAGGCCUCGAGAUCUCUUAUGCGUCAAUUGCGCUUGCACGGCCGGGGGGGAAGAAGAUCGGUUGAGAAUUGUGUUCUUUUGAGCUAAAAUUCUGUAGGUUUCGCUUACUGAGGGUUUUUCACUUGAACUGUUCGUAUAAAGGGCUACUCUUUCGUGCUUUCCUCUUACGUUAGACGAGACGUUGCUCUUAAUUGAGGCGUAGAUACGUAAGGUGGAAAUCUGGGCAGAAUUAGUCAUUAGUGUUCAUGCAGAAGGCUCGUGAACUUAGGGACUUGGUUUCUCCUUCAUCUUCAACUUCAUCUUCUAAAUCUAGAGAUUCUGAUGGGGGGAAUACAAUGGAUUGUCCUGAAUCUACCAUGGCCAACGUGGCCUUCCUCCUGGAACAGCUUCAUGCUGGCAUGUCCUCUCCAACCGAGAAAGAUAUGAUAACCGCUCAAUUGCUGUCUAUUGCUCGGGCUCAAAAGGAGGCAAGGACUAUGAUUGGUUCACAUUCUCAGGCAAUGCCACUGUUGAUUUCCAUGCUUAGGAAUGGCACACCCACAGCAAAGGCGAAUGUUGCUGCAACACUUAGUGCCCUCUGCAAAGAGGAAGAGUUGCAUCUAAAGGUUCUCUUGGGUGGGUGUAUCCCUCCAUUACUCUCUCUUUUGAAGUCCAAAUCUUCCGAGGCUAGGAAGGCGGCUGCUGAAGCCAUAUUUGAAGUAUCUUCAGGUGGGCUCUCAGAUGAUCAUAUUGGUAUGAAAAUAUUUGUCACUGAGGGUGUUGUGCCUACCCUUUGGGAUCUGCUUGACCCAAAUAUAAAACAAGACAAGGUUGUUCUGGGCUUUGUUACUGGGGCAUUGAGGAACCUCUGUGGUUUCAAGGACGGAUACUGGAAGGCAACGCUUGAGGCUGGUGGUGUGGACAUUAUUACUGGCCUUCUUUCAUCUGACAACACAGCUGCUCAAGCAAAUGCUGCUUCUCUUUUGGCACGCUUGAUAUUGGCUUUUGGAGACAGCAUCCACAAGGUAAUAGAUGCUGGCGCAGUGGGUGCCCUUCUCUGUCUUCUAGGCCAUAAUAAUGAUAUAUCAGUUCGUGCCAGUGCAGCUGAGGCUUUGGAAGCCCUUUCUUCCAAAUCAAUAAUAGCCAAAAAAUCUCUGGUAGAUGCUGGUGGCAUAGCAAUACUAGUUGGGGCCGUUGUAGCUCCUUCAAAGGAGUGUAUGCAAGAGCAGUCUGGUCAUGCGUUGCAGAGACAUGCGGUCAACACUUUAGCCAAUAUCUGUGGCAGUAUGUCUUCUCUAAUUCUUUACCUUGGAGAGCUAGCCAUAUCGCCUCGUAUGGCUGCACCUGUGGCUGAUAUAAUUGGAGCUCUUGCUUAUGCACUGAUGGUUUUUGUGGUUAAUGAAGAAGUUUUUGAUCCAGUUGAGAUUGAAGGUCUUCUCAUUGGUCUUCUGAAACCCCAUGAUAAUAAGCUUGUUCAGGAUCGCAUACUUGAGGCUCUAGCCAGCCUAUAUGGAAAUCCUUUUCUUGCUAGCAGGCUUGAACAUGCAGAUGCUAAGAGAGUUCUCAUCGGACUGAUAACAUUGGCUGCGGCUGACGUUCAGGAACAACUUAUACUUUCUUUUUCUAGCUUAUGUUGCGAGCCUGUUGGCAUUUGGGAGUCCCUUAGGAAGAGAGAGGGUGUUCAGCUGUUGAUAUCUUUUCUAGGACUUUCUACUGAGCAACACCAGGAGUAUGCAGUUGCCUUGCUUUCAAUAUUGACAGAUCAAGUGGAAGAAAGCAAAUGGGCCAUCACAGCUGCUGGUGGUAUCCCACCGCUUGUUCAGUUGUUAUACAUGGGGUUUCAUAAAGCAAGAGAAGAUGCAGCUCAUGUCCUUUGGAACUUGUGCUGUCAUAGUGAUGACAUCCGGGCAUGCGUUGAGAGUGCUGGAGCAGUGGCAGCGCUCCUUUCGCUUCUAAAAAAUGGUGGUCUGAAGGGCCAAGAAGUUUCUGCAAAAGCACUUACCAAGUUAAUACGCCAUGCGGACACUUAUACGAUCAAUUAUUUGUUGGCACUUCUCUUAAGCGACUCAAUUAGCUCUAAGUCUCAUGCUAUCACAGUCCUGGGUCAUGUGCUGACCAUGUCAUCUCAUAAAGACCUCGUGCAGAAGGGUGCUCCUGCUAAUAAAGGACUCAAGUGUCUUGUAGAAGUUCUUAACUCAUCAAAUGAAGAGACCCAAGAGUGUGCUGCAUCUGUACUAGCUGAUUUGUUUAGUUGCCGACAGGACAUAUGUGACAGCCUUGCAACAGAUGAGAUUGUGCAUCCUUGCAUGAAGCUUUUGACAAGUAAAACUCAAGUUGUUGCUACUCAGUCAGCCCGUGCUUUGGGUGCAUUGUCCCGUCCCAACAAAGCCAAUUCUCCAAAUAAGACUAAGAUGUCCUAUAUUGUAGAAGGUGAUUUUAAACCUCUAAUAAAGAUGGCAAAAACAUCCUCUAUACAUUCCGCUGAAACUGCUGUUACUGCUUUAGCCAAUCUUCUUUCUGAUCCGCAAAUUGCAGAAGAAGCUAUCACGGAAGAUAUUGUUUCAGCUUUGACAAGAGUUAUGGCUGAAGGCUCUUUGGCUGGAAAGGUGAAUGCUUCGUGUGCUUUAAAUCAAUUGCUAAGCCACUUCCCAGUUGGUGAUGUUCUUACAGAAAAUGAGUGUCAGUUUGUUCUUCUUACACUUGUUGAAUCCUUAACUGGCAUGGACAUAGAUGGGGUUAAUUUUUCUGAUUCAUUAGAUGCGUUAAUAUUGUUGGCUAAGACAAAGCAUUGUGUGAAAUUUAGAUAUCCUCUAUGGUUUGUCUUUUCUAAGGUACCAGUCAGCUUAGAACCAUUGGUCAAUUGCUUAGCCAGUGGAGGUUCCUCUGUGCAGGACAAGGCAAUUCUAAUUCUUUCUAGGUUAUGUCGAGAUCAAUCUGUUACACUCGGCAAUCUUUUGGUGGGAAGAUUGGGAAGUAUCACUUCUCUUUCUAAUAGAAUUUUGAGGUCAUCCAAUAUAGAAGUUAGGAUCGGUGGGGCUUCCCUUCUACUUUGUGCCGGCAAAGACCACAAACAACAGACAUUGAGUGCACUUGAAGCAUCUGGGCUUCUAAAUGAUCUCAUUUAUGCUUUGGUAGAUAUGAUGAAACUUAGCUCAAAUUUUAAAUAUCCUGGAACUGAAGCGCAACCAUCAAAAAAUUUUGUUGAGAUGAACUCAAUUCAUCGUAAUCUAGAUGAUUUGAGUGCCCCUGAUCCUGCUGCUACCUUGGCAGGCUCAGUUUCUUUGUGGCUAGUUUUAAUAAUUGUCUCUUACCACGCAAAAAGCAGAAUUACUUUUUUCGAAGCAAGGGGGGUUGAGGCAAUCUCAGAUAAGAUGGAAGGCUAUGUUACCAAUUCACAGGGUGAAUUUGAUGAUACAGAGGGUGUAUGGAUUGGUGCCCUGCUUUUAGCUAUUUCAUUUCAGGAGGAAAAGGUUAUUCAGUCACCAACAAUCAAUAGAAUAAUACCUUCACUAUCUUUCUUGUUGAUGUCGGAUGAAAUUAAUGAAAAAUAUUUUGCUGCUCAAGCAAUUGCUAGUCUUGUUUCUACUAGCAGAAAAGCCAUACAUCUUGCUAUUGCAAAUGCAGGUUCUGUUGGGGGAUUGCUCAGCUUAGUUGGUCAUGUAGAAUCAGAAAUGCCGCACCUUGUUGCUUUGUCUGAAGAGUUUAAUCUUGUGAGAAACCCUGACAACAUUGCACUGCAGCAUUUGUUUGAGAUAGAAGAUAUUAGGACUGGUGGCAUUGCUCGUAAGUCAAUACCUCUGUUGGUGGACCUUCUUAGACCACUGCCUGAUAGGCCAAGGGCAGCUCCAAUUGCUAUCAAUCUUUUGACCCAAUUAGCAGAAGCAAAUGAUGCAAACAAAUUGUUUAUAGCUGAAGCUGGGGCUCUGGAAGCAUUGACCAAGUAUUUGUCUUUAAGCCCACAGGACUCCACUGAAAUUUUUAUAGUUGAUCUUCUUGGUAUCUUAUACAGCAAUCCGGACAUACUUCAACAUGAUGUUUCUCUUGGCUCGUUGAGUCAGCUUAUAGCUGUUUUACGGUUAGGGUCUAGAAGGGCUAGAUUUAGUGCUGCAAGAGCUUUGCAUGUGCUUUUUGGAUCAGAGGAUGUCAGAGAUACUGAAAUGGUCCGGCAAGCUAUUCAACCAUUGGUAGACAUGCUUAAUGCAGGAUCUGAGAUGGAUCAGGAGGCAGCCCUUGUUGCACUGAUCAAACUCACUGCUGGAAACAUUGCGAAUGCUUCAGCUUUGACCGAUGUUGAAGAAUCUCCACUUGAAAGUCUCUAUAAGAUUUUAGCAUCCAGUUCAUCUUUGAAACUGAAGACAAAUGCUGCACAACUUUGCUAUGUUAUAUUUGGAAGCUCAACCGUUAGUGAUAUGUUAAUUGCUUCACAAUGUUUACAACCCUUGAUGUCACUAAUGAGUUCAAGCAAUGAUGAAGCAAUGGAGUCUGGUGUGCGUGCUUUCGAAAGGCUGCUGGAUGAUGAACAACUAGCAGACAUUGCAGCCGAAAGUAAUGUUGUAUCACUCUUGGUUCAAUUUGUUUCAGGGUCAAACCAUAAACUUUCUGAGAUCACUAUCAAUGCUUUGAUAAAGUUAGGAAAGGAUCGGCCUCACUGCAAACUUGAAAUGGUGAAUGCUGGAAUUGUUGAUAAUGCACUUAAAAUCCUCCUUGAUGCGCCAGGUUCUUUAUGCUCUUUGAUUUCUGAGCUGCUCCGGAUUUUAACCAACAAUAGUGGCAUUGCUAAAAGUGCCGAUGCUGCAAGAAUGGUAGAGCCCCUCUUUUCAGUUUUGCAUCGUACGGACAUUACUUUAUGGGGACAGCAUAGCACCUUGCAAUCUCUUGUGAAUAUAUUGGAGAAACCACAGAGCCUAGCUAUCCUGAAAUCAACUCCGAGCCAAGUUAUUGAGCCUUUGAUAUCAUUCCUAGAGUCCCCAUCCCAAGCCAUUCAACAGCUUGGCACUGAGUUAUUGUCUCAUCUUUUGGAGCAGGAACAUUUCCAGCAAGACAUUACUACCAAAAAUGCAGUUAUUCCUCUUGUUCAGCUUGCUGGCAUUGGAAUAUUGAGUCUGCAGCAAACAGCAAUAAAAUCACUUGAGAGUAUCUCCUUGAGUUGGCCUAAGGCUGUUGCCGAUGCAGGGGGCAUGUUUGAGCUUUCCAAGGUAAUUGUUCAGGAUGAUCCUCUGCCAACUCAGGCACUGUGGGAAUCUGCAGCAUUGGUGCUGUCAAAUAUUCUUAAAUCAAAUCCAGAAUAUCAUUUCAAAGUCCCACCAGUAGUGCUUGUGAAAUUGCUUCACUCCACAGUGGAGAGCACAGUAGCAAUAGCUCUGGGUGCUCUUAUUGUUCAGGAGAAGCGUGAUCCUUCAUCUAGUGCAAUGAUGGCUGAGGCAGGUGCUGUAGAUGCUCUCUUAGAGCUGCUAAGAUGUCAUCAGUGUGAAGAAGCUUCUGCAAGAUUAAUUGAAGCCUUAUUCAAUAAUCCAAGAGUGCGAGAAAAGAAAACUUCCAAAUAUGCAAUAGCUCCUCUAUCUCAAUAUCUGUUAGAUCCACAAACCAGGUCUCAACCAGCAAAAUUUUUAGCAACCCUUGCGCUUGGUGAUCUUUUUCAGCAUGAUGGACUUGCAAGAACCAGUGAUGCUGUAUCUGCAUGCCGUGCUCUAAUAAGCCUGCUUGAAGACCAACCGACUGAGGAGAUGAAAAUGGUGGCAUUAUGUGCAUUGCAAAACUUAGUUAUGCAUAGCAGGACAAAUAGGCGUGCAGUUGCGGAGGCUGGUGGAAUUUUGGCACUUCAGGAACUACUACUGUCACAAAAUGCUGAAGUCUGUGCGCAGGCUGCCUUGCUGAUUAAAUAUUUAUUUUCAAAUCACACACUUCAAGAAUAUGUGUCAAAUGAGCUCAUCAGGUCUUUAACAGCUGCAUUGGAGAACGAGUUGUGGUCCAAUGCUACUACAAAUGAAGAAGUUCUAAGAACUAUAUAUGUGAUAUUCUCAAACUUCAAAAAGCUAAGAACAUCUGAAGCAGCUCUGUGCAUUCCCCAAUUGGUAGGUGCAUUGAAGACUGGAAGUGAGCCCGCUCAGGAUUCAGUGCUCGACACACUUUGCUUGUUAAAAGAUUCAUGGUCUGAGAUGAAUGAAGAUAUUGCAAAAGCACAGGCUCUAAUUGCUGCCGAAGCAAUACCCAUACUGCAAUUGCUCAUGAAGACUUGCCCUCCCAGCUUUCAUGAAAGAGCGGACAGUUUACUCCACUGCUUGCCUGGAUGCUUGACAGUGACUAUUAAGCGAGGGAACAACUUGAAGCAGACGAUGGGAAGUACGAAUGCAUUUUGUCGCUUAAAGAUCGGAAAUGGCCCUCCAAGGCAAACUAAGGUGGUAAGCCAUAAUACAUGCCCGGAAUGGAAGGAAGGCUUUACUUGGGCUUUUGAUGUCCCCCCAAAAGGACAAAAGCUUUACAUUCUAUGUAAAAGCAAAAAUACUUUUGGAAAGACUACUCUUGGAAGAGUAACCAUCCAGAUUGACAAAGUAGUAACAGAGGGACUGUAUAGUGGGCUCUUCAGUCUAAGCCAUGACAACAACAAAGAUUUGUCAAGAACACUUGAAAUUGAUAUUCUCUGGUCAAAUAGGAUAUCUGGUGAUGAAGUGUGAUUCCUGAAAGUGCUACCGUUGGAUUUUAUUAACCGGACCGUAGCGUAAUGGCAGAAAUAUCUUUCUGUAAAUAUUUGAAAGAUUUCAUGGCUUGCCUAAGGUGUAAUAGCCUAUGGAGCAAAGCUCAGCAUUCUGCAGUGACUGGUGCCGCCACUGAACCAUAUGCUACUGAGGUUAGAUCCAGAUGUAGAUAAUGAUUUCGUCAAUUCUACUUGAUGCUCUUUAGGUUUGUACAGAUUAGUUUGUAUUUGUCUCUGCUAUGAUUUUAUGAUGGUUAGGAAUGCCAUUAGAGAUUUGUUGUUUAUUGGUGCUGCUUUCCUUAAAUGAUACAAGGCGAGCACCAUGGUCUCUCUGUAUUCGUGCUUGCAGGGGUAGGUUGUGCGAGAGGUUGCUCUUCAUGAGAUAACCCAAUUGACAGAUAUCGUGCAGAUAACAAUUCUGUGAUUUGCAGUAAUCUAACCCACCCCAGAUUUUCUAUCUGGAUGAUUGUUUUGACGAUUUAAAGAUACUUGUCUCUUGUUUAGCAGCUUUAUUAUUAUCUUUAUGUUUAAA